AUGAUAUUUAAAAGAUCAAUAUUAAACAUAAUAUUAAUUGUAUUUCUCAUAUUGUGUGCUGAUGGAAAACGUGAAAAACGUCGACCUAAAACAAAAACACGUACUCGUGUGUCUUCAAGUAGUUCUUCCGACGAAUCAACAUCAAAUUCACCGAUAGGAAUUUUAGGUGUUCUUGCUGCGAUAUCUUUCUGUGGAUGUUCAAUAGGAUGGAAAAUCUUUAAAUGUCAACAAAAACAGGAACGUCGUGAACGUAUUCAGCGAGAUUUAAAUAAUCUAAUUGAUUUACAUAAUGAAUUAUUACAAAGAUCUUCUGUGAAUGAUCAUUUCAAUGAAAAGAAUGUAUCAAUGGAUGGAACAAAUGUAGCGAAAUUAUCGACUAACAAAUCAAAUGAACUUGAAUACAUUUGGAUACCAUUAUCCACUCAAUUGUUUAACGAUGUAUCUGAUAAAACUGAAUUAGAACAAUCCAAAACUGAAGAUUCAAUCUGUCCACAACAAACAACAAAUAAAGGAGACGAAGAAAAUUUCUCGGUAAUUGUUCCUGUUGAUAAUAUUAAAAUAUCAUCACAUAUUAAUUGA